AUGUCUGCACGUGCUCUGAUUAAGCAGCAUUUUAAGCUUAAAAAUAAGCUUCCUACUCGCGGCUUUUCCAGCACCAGACCCACCAAUGCGGACUUCACCCAUGCGGUAAUUGGAGCAGGCGUCGUCGGUCUCGCGACCGCACGACAACUUGCAGCUCGCGAAGGCACCUCAACCAUUCUACUAGAGCGACAUGACGCACCAGGAACAGAGACGAGUAGUCGCAACUCCGAGGUAAUCCACGCAGGCCUCUAUUACCCAGCAAACUCCCUUAAAACCCAGCUCUGCAUCCGCGGCCGCAACCUCCUCUACGACCUUUGCGCGCAAAACAACAUCCCCCACCGCAACACGAAGAAAUGGAUUGUGGCGCAAACCCCAACACAAUGGGAAGCUUGUCUGAAAAUACACGCGCACGCCCAAGGACUAGGCGACGCACCGACACGGCUAGUCGGGCGUGAUGAAGCGCAGCAGCGCGAACCAGACGUCAAGGCAGACGCAGGCAUUGUUGAAAGCGAGACAUCCGGCAUCGUGGAUAGCCACUCGCUGAUGACUUAUCUACAGGGAGACUUCGAGGACCGCGGCGGCGAUAUUGCGUUUAAGACGCGCGUUACAGACGUCGAGGCUAUUGACGGCGGCCGCGGUGGAUAUAAAAUUACCGCUGUCUCGGAUGAAGAUGGCUCGGUUACUACUAUUACCGCUGAAACGCUGGUUAAUAGCGCUGGUCAUGGCGCUUGCGCUAUCAGUAACAUGCUCCUCCCGCAGGAGCGCCAUUUUGUUCCCCAUUAUGCUAAGGGCACGUACUUCUCGUAUGCGGCGUCUAGGCCUAGGACUUCUGUUCUGGUUUAUCCGGCGACUUUGCCUGGUACUGGUGGGCUUGGUACGCAUCUGACGCUUGAUAUGGGUGGACGUGUUCGCUUUGGGCCGGAUGUUGAGUGGGUGGAUAGUCCUGAUGAUUUGGUGCCGAGUGCUGCACGUUUGGAGCAGGCGUUGCCGGAGAUCAAGGCAUACCUGCCUGGUGUUGAUGUCGAUGCCAUCGCGUUGGAUUACUGCGGUAUUCGCCCUAAAUUGGGGAGGGGCGGGGCUGUCAAUGAAGGUAAAGGGUUCCAGGACUUUAUUGUCCGGGAGGAAGAGGGUCUACCUGGGUUUGUCAAUUUGUUGGGGAUUGAGAGCCCGGGCUUGACAAGUUGCUUGGCGAUUGGUGAGAUGGUUAACGGUAUCCUGUACCAACUCCAAUCCACCAAAAUGACAUCUCUCCUGACAACCCUAGGCCUGCGCACCUCCCUUGACUUCAAAUCCACAAACUACGGCCCCCUGUUCCUAACAUCUAACUUCAUCCUCGCCUACGGCGUCCUCUCCUCACGCACCCUAAAACAAUGGUACGGCCUCGACCACCAAGUCUCGCCACGUGAAGACCUGGCCAAAUACGGCGAGGUUGCUGUGCACGAAGGCAAGAUCACGCGUAGGCAGCUUGACAUGCUCAAGCGUAAUGAGUCGGCGCAUGCUAAUGCGGUGGAGAAUUUCCCGUUGCUGGUUGCCGGGGUGCUCUUUGCAUCGAUGGCCGGUGUCCCUGCGAAGAAGAUCAAUGCCGCGGCGUUAUCGUAUACUAUUGCGCGAAUUGUCUAUGGCGCUGUUUAUAUUUUGGUGGAUCAUCCUACGUGGAGUCAGGUCAGGGGGUUGGUGUGGUGGUGGGGGAAUUUGAGUUCUUUUUUCCUAUUGUGGAAGGCUGGAGAGUUGUUGGCUUGA